AGAAGAAGAAGAAGCAGAGAGAAUGGAUUCGGCGGAGAACGACGGAGAACAAGUAAACACGAAAUAUGGUUUUUUACGGGAGAUGAAGAAACUUAGUUACAUCGCCGGUCCGAUGAUUGCGGUGAGCUCGUCUAUGUAUGUUCUUCAGGUGAUAUCGAUAAUGAUGGUUGGUCAUCUCGGUGAGCUUUUCCUCUCUAGCACCGCAAUUGCCGUUUCUUUCUGCGGCGUCACCGGUUUAAGCGUCGUCUUUGGAUUGGCUAGUGCAUUGGAGACUUUGUGUGGUCAAGCUCAUGGAGCUAAGCAAUUCGAGAAGCUUGGUUAUCAUACUUACACAGGGAUUGUCUCUUUGUUUCUUGUGUGUAUUCCUUUGUCUGUGCUAUGGAGUUACAUGGGUGAUAUACUCUCUGCCAUUGGACAAGAUCCUCAUGUUUCUCAACAAGCAGGGAAGUUUGCAACUUGGCUCAUACCCGCGCUCUUUGGUUACGCUACUUUGCAGCCGCUUGUUCGGUUUUUCCAAGCGCAGAGUCUGAUUUUGCCUUUGAUUAUGAGCUCAGUCUCUUCUCUCUGUGUCCACGUUGUCCUCUGUUGGAGCUUGGUCUUUAAGUUUGGUCUUGGGAGCGUCGGUGCAGCUAUUGCGCUUGACGUUUCUUACUGGCUAAACGUGAUUGUUCUUGGAUUAUACAUGACGUUUUCUUCCAGCUGUAGCAAGUGCCGUGCAACUAUUUCCAUGAGUGUGUUUAAAGGAAUGGGAGAGUUUUUCCGGUUUGGAAUCCCAUCUGCCCUUAUGAUUUGCCUCGAGUGGUGGUCAUUCGAAAUUCUGCUCUUACUCUCUGGGAUCUUACCAAAUCCAAAGCUAGAAGCCUCUGUUCUCUCAAUCUGUCUAUCAACAAUCAACAUCGUGUACCAAAUAGCAGCUAGUCUCGGCGCAGCAGCAAGUACAAGAGUUGCAAACGAAUUAGGAGCUGGAAAACCGAAACAAGCUCGAAUGGCGGUUUACACAGUGAUGGUCAUUACAGGUGUAGAAUCAAUAAUGGUGAGCGCAAUAGUUUUUAGUGCAAGAAACGUUUAUGGUUACCUAUUCAGCUCUGAAACCGAAGUUGUGGAUUAUGAAAGAUCAAUGGUUCCAUUGGUUGCUUUAUCGGUCAUAUUCGAUGCUUUUCACGCAGUUCUUGCGGGUGUGACUAGAGGAUCAGGGAGGCAAGAUAUUGGGGCUUACGUAAACCUAGCAGCAUACUAUCUCUUUGGAAUACCAACUGCUAUAAUAUUAGCUUUUAGGUUUAAAAUGAGAGGAAGAGGAAUCUGGAUUGGGAUCACAGUUGGCUCCUUUGUGCAAGCUGUUUUGCUCGGUUUUAUCGUCAUCCUCACCAAGUGGACACAGCAGUGCCUUGUAGAGAAAGAAACAACCAUAUGUCACUAUAUAAUCCCCGUGAUCUUAGGGGAAGAAGAAGCAGAGAGAAUGGAUUCGGUGGAGAAGGGAUUGCUUGUGGUUAACGACGGAGAACAAGUAAACACGAAAGAUGUUUUUUUACGGGAGAUGAAGAAACUUAGUUACAUUGCCGGUCCGAUGAUUGCGGUGCACUCGUCUAUGUAUGUUCUUCAGGUGAUCUCGAUAAUGAUGGUUGGUCAUCUCGGUGAGCUUUUCCUCUCUAGCACCGCCAUUGCUGUUUCUUUCUGCGGCGUCACUGGUUUCAGCGUCGUCUUUGGAUUGGCUAGUGCAUUGGAGACUUUGUGUGGUCAAGCUCAUGGAGCUAAGCAAUUCGAGAAGCUUGGUUAUCAUACUUACACAGGGAUUGUCUCUUUGUUUCUUGUGUGUAUUCCUUUGUCUGUGCUAUGGAGUUACAUGGGUGAUAUACUUUCUCUUAUUGGACAAGAUCCUAUGGUUGCUCAACAAGCAGGAAAGUAUGCAACUUGGCUCAUACCCGCGCUCUUUGGUUACGCUACUUUGCAGCCGCUUGUUCGGUUUUUCCAAGCGCAGAGUCUGAUUUUGCCUUUGAUUAUGAGCUCAGUCUCUUCUCUCUGUGUCCACGUUGUCCUCUGUUGGAGCUUGGUCUUUAAGUUUGGUCUUGGAAGCCUCGGUGCAGCUAUUGCGAUCGGCGUUUCUUACUGGUUGAACGUGACUGUUCUUGGAUUAUACAUGACGUUUUCUUCCAGCUGUAGCAAGAGCCGUGCAACUAUCUCCAUGAGUUUGUUUAAAGGAAUGAGAGAGUUUUUCCGGUUUGGAAUCCCAUCUGCGUCUAUGAUUUGCCUCGAGUGGUGGUCAUUCGAAAUUCUGCUCUUACUCUCUGGGAUCUUACCAAAUCCAAAGCUAGAAGCCUCUGUUCUCUCAAUCUGUCUAUCAACAAUCAACAUCAUGUACCAAAUAGCAGAUAGUCUCGCCGCCGCAGCAAGUACAAGAGUUGCAAACGAAUUAGGAGCUGGAAAACCAAAACAAGCUCGAAUGGCGGUUUACACAGUGAUGGUCAUUACAGGUGUAGAAUCAAUAAUGGUGAGCGCAAUAGUUUUUAGUGCAAGAAACGUUUAUGGUUACCUAUUCAGCUCUGAAACCGAAGUAGUGGUUUAUGUAAGAUCAAUGGCUCCAUUGGUUGCUUUAUCGGUCAUAUUCGAUGCUCUUCACGCAGUUCUUGCGGGUGUGGCUAGAGGAUCAGGGAGGCAAGAUAUUGGGGCUUACGUAAACCUAGCAGCAUACUAUCUCUUUGGAAUACCAACUGCUAUAAUAUUAGCUUUUAGGUUUAAAAUGAGAGGAAGAGGAAUCUGGAUUGGGAUCACAGUUGGGUCCUUUGUGCAAGCUGUUUUGCUCGGUUUUAUCGUCAUCCUCACCAACUGGAAACAGCAAGCGAGAAAUGCGAGAGAAAGACUAAUGGGUGAGAGGUUUGAAGAUAAAGAAAGUGAAGAUCAUGAAGAGAUCAGCUAAACCAAGAGACUUCAUUGACAUGAUAUAUAUGAUCUUCUAUAAUAGUAAUGACUAAAGAGGAAAUGAAUGUUCACAUGUACG